UUCCGCUGACCCCCAGUUGUUCCUUUCCUGUGGCAGCCAGCAUUGAAAAUGGCAAAGAUUAAGGCCAGAGACCUGCGCGGUAAGAAGAAGGAGGAGCUGCUGAAGCAGCUGGAGGACCUGAAGGUGGAGCUGUCCCAGCUGCGUGUCGCCAAGGUUACAGGUGGCGCUGCCUCCAAGCUCUCCAAGAUCUGCGUGGUCCGGAAAUCCAUCGCCAGAGUUCUGACCGUCAUCAACCAGACCCAGAAAGAGAACCUGAGGAAAUUCUACAAGGGCAAGAAGUACAAGCCCCUGGACCUGCGCCCCAAAAAGACACGUGCCCUCCGCCGGCGGUUGAACAAGCAUGAGGAGAGCUUGAUGACCAAGAAGAUGCAGAGGAAAGCACGCGUCUACCCCAUCCGAAAGUUUGCUGUCAAGGCCUAAGGCUUGCACCCUAGCAUUGAAAAUAAGCAGCCCACCCCUUAAAUGGAAGAAACAAACGCUUUUUCAGUGUAUAUAUUUGUAUGAAAUAAAGUGGAACAAUCUGCCUCUGA